AUGGGUAUUGCAAGUGCAAUGGGAAUGCUGACAUACAUGGGUAUCCAAUACAACGAUAUCAUAGCUGUCAUGCCAUUUCUGGUAGUUGCUGUUGGAACUGAUAACAUGUUUUUGAUGGUUGCCAGUUUGAAAAGAACCGAUAGGAAUCUGAAAUAUGAUCAAAGAAUUGCUGAAUGCAUGGCAGAUGCAGCUGUCUCUAUUCUCAUCACAGCCCUUACCGAUGCAUUAUCAUUCGGUGUUGGAACAAUUACAACCAUCCCGGCUGUUCAAAUUUUCUGUAUCUACACAAUGUGUGCUCUUCUACUCACAUUUGCAUAUCAACUCACAUUUUUCUGUGCAGUUCUCGUUUACUAUACAAGAAUCGAAGAACAAGGACUACACAGUAUAUGGUUGUCUCCUGCUGUCACAUACUCAUCAACUUCUCCUUUGAAUGUAAAGUUGUUCUGGUUGGGAUCGAAACCUCCGAAACCAUUACCAUCAUGUGGAACUGUCAGCAGUACAUCAAGUGUUUCGUCUUCCUCUUCUUCGCCUCCAUCUUCUAAACAUCUUCAUCAUUGUUCUGCCACUUCAUUCUUCCGUAACUGGUAUGCUCCAGUUCUAAUGCAACCGUGGAUUCGAGCGAUUGCUGGAUUAUGGUAUUUGAUAUAUUUGGGAUUGUCUGUUUAUGGAUGUUCUCAUCUCAAAGAAGGACUUGAACCAGCGAAUUUAUUGGUUGAUGAUUCAUAUGCAACACCUCAUUAUCGAGUUCUGGAGAAACAUUACUGGCAUUAUGGAGCAAGUCUUCAAAUUGUUGUGAACAAUGCUCCAGAUUUGAGGAAUCCAAUCGAAAGAAUCAAUAUGGAUAAAAUGGCAUCAACAUUUGCGAAUAGCAAAGUGUCGAUUGGAGACGAAGGAGUUCAGUUCUGGUUACGAGAAAUGCAAGUUUCAGAAGAGAUGCAUAAAGUGCAUUAUGACAAUAAGAAAUUCUAUGAUCAUGCUGCUGACUACAUCUAUUCAGAUAUGUCUCAACCAUGGGUUGUUGAUGUAGUUUGGGGAAGAAACAAUCAAUCAGAGCGAGUUAUAAAACAGUAUCGAUUUAUGAUUGGAAUGAGAGAUAUAUCAACAACAACAAAACAAACAGAAGCCACGAAUACGUUCAGAGAAAUCGCAUCUCGAUUUGAGAAGUAUAAUGUGACAACUUAUAUGCCUUUGUGGUUAUUCACAGAUCAAUAUGCUCUCGUCGUUCCGAAUACUAUGCAAGAUAUCGUAGUAGCAGUUGCAUGCAUGCUUGUUAUCUCAGCUGUCUUAAUCCCUCAACCAGUUUGUUCAUUUUGGGUUGCAGUGACGAUUGGAUCAAUUGAUUUGGGAGUUCUCGGUUUUAUGACACUUUGGGAUGUUAAUUUGGAUGCAAUUUCAAUGAUAACAAUCAUCAUGUCAGUUGGUUUCUCAGUUGAUUACUCUGCACAUAUCACAUAUGCAUACGUAAUAUCAAAAGAAUCCACUACAACUGCAAGAGUUUGUGAUGCAUUGGGAGAUCUUGGAUGGCCAGUCGCUCAAGGAGCCAUGUCAACUAUUUUGGCUGUUUCUGUGUUGUCAGAUGUCCCUGCUUACAUGAUUGUUACCUUCUUUAAAACUGUUUUUCUUGCCAUCUCAAUCGGUUUUCUUCACGGUUUAGUCUUCCUUCCACUCAUGCUUUCUGUAUUUGUUGGCUGUUGCUCGUCGAAAAAAGUCGAAGUUGAACCAGUGAAACAACCAAAAUUCAUUGGAAGAUAUUAA